AUGGCCGAAAUCAUCGCAAUUGGUGCGGCAGCAUACCUUGGUUGGAAAGCAGCUCGAAGAGUUCAUCGCGCAUAUAACAAUGCAGUAGAAGAUAUGUACGUUCAGCAAUCCCCAAUGAGUUACUACAGUCCACCAGGUGGAUAUUAUUCGCAACCGCCUCCAUAUUCACGAGAAGCUGGAAGUGCUUAUCAUCACCAUCGCAGUGGACAUUCAUACAACUACCGUUGA